AUGAGACCCAAGGUAUUAGAAAUAUCCUGGCACGAGACCCAAGCUGUCUAUUCAUGCGAUUUCCAACCUCUCCCUUCUACCCAACUUAAAAGGUUGUUAGCAGCUUCGACAAGUCAAAGUGAGAAUGAAGAACAAAGUGCUAGUACAAGCACGAGUACGAGUGCUGGUGCAGCGGUGGGAACGGUGAGGCAAUAUAGGUUGGCUACUGCUGGUGGGGAUUCGAAGGUUCGACUAUGGAUGAUCCACCCUAACAUCCCUUCCAUAUCAUCAUUACAACAUACCGCAUUGACAGGACAGGAGAUCACACCCCAUCCACCAAGAGUAGAAUACCUCACUACGCUGUCGAAACAUACUGCUGCGGUCAAUGUGGUGAGGUUUAGUCCGAAUGGUCAGACGCUGGCUUCGGCCGGUGAUGACGGAAACGUUAUCCUUUGGGUACCUUCAGAUAGACCCGUGGUGUCUUUCGGUGAGAACCCGGAUGAUGUACAGGACAAAGAACAUUGGAGAUUACAGAAGAUGUUACAAGUGACGACAAAGCACGUAUAUGAUCUGUCUUGGUCACCGGAUGGGGAAUUCUUCAUAGCUGGAUCGACUGAUAACACCGCCACUAUUUGGAAAGCUGCUACAGGUGAAUGUGUGUUUGCUCUGCGAGAGCAUACACACAACGUACAGGGUGUAUCUUGGGAUCCGUUGAACGAGUAUAUCGCUACUCAAAGCAGUGAUCGUUCCGUUCACGUCAACACGUUCGCAAUCCGGAACAACAUCCCAGAUGUUCAUCCCGUUUCUCGAGCGACGCGGAUGGAGAUUCGUCAUUCUCGUACGCCAUCUAUACCCUCUAGCACACGACCAAAUCUUGCCAGAAGAGCAUCUACCACUUCAGAAACGGGAUCAGUGAUCACGACAACCUCUGAAUAUCCUGAACAAACACCUCUUCGUCACACUUCGGUCUCAGGUGCACCAGCUACGCCCAACGCAUCGGUGCCUUCGACGCCUCAAGCCGCGGCCAUGAACCCACCACUCACCUCUAACCGACCUGGAUCCAGACGAUCAUCAUUCUCGGGCUCACAAGCUGCUGCCUCACCAUCACUUAGUGCAGCUGCGUUCCCAGGUCGAGGUAGAUCCCCAUCACCUAUUCCACCUUUACCUGCUAUCAGGGCACCACCCACAUCAACAUCUGCAAUCAUGCAAAGACUCUAUGGUGAAGAGGGAGUCACAAGAUUCUUCCGUCGAUUGACGUUCUCGCCUGAUGGUAGUCUACUCCUUACCCCUGCUGGACAAAUCGAAGAUCAGAUUUUCAAGGGUUCACCAAUGCUAUCCACGCGAUCACUAUCUCAAGAUACACUCGACAGAGAGCCGACUUCCACUUCAGCCGGUCCAUCCUCUGUACCAAAACCCAAGAAUGUUGAUAAUGGGAAACCCACUGUGUACAUUUACUCAAGAUCGAAUUUGGCAAAAUCACCUGUAGCUCAUCUACCAGGACAUAAAACUGCUGCUGUCGCUAUCCGAUUCUCGCCGAUUUUUUUAGAUCUACGUACUUCGUCUUCAUCCUCGUUUAAUACGGGUGAACCGAAACAUAUCACUUUGGACAGGAGUGACCCAUCCCCUAUCAACGUGUCUCUAUCUAUGCCUCCUCCACCUGCACCUCAAGGGGAGAAAGAGAAGGACAAACCACUAGGGAGUGUCUUCGCUUUGCCUUACAGGUUGCUAUACGCUGUAGCGUGUCAGGAUUCAGUAUUGUUGUAUGAUACGCAGCAAGCUAGGCCGAUCGCCAUUUUCAAGGGAUUACAUUAUGCUGGAUUUACCGAUAUUGCUUGGUCCCCGGAUGGACAAACUCUCAUACUUUCCUCUUCGGAUGGAUACUGCUCCGUUGUAGUAUUCGAUCUCAACGAAUUAGGUACCGUCCACCCUACCCAACAACAUCAUCGACAAUUGGCUGCUAUCGCUCAAUCUCACUCUUCUUCCUCUACUUUAUCGCAUACUAUGCCUACCCCGAUUUCCCACAGGGAGACCAGUUCGGCCAACGCCACUCCCACACCUGUACCGCACUCUCCGGCAGUCAGUGUAGCCAGACAUUCACCUGCUCCGGUAUUUGGCAGUAGGAGUGAAAGAGAGGGAUCCACAGCGAGUAGUAUACCCGCUGCACCGGUUUUCGUACCUACUGUCAACCCCAGUGCAGGACCUGGCGUCGCAUCGAGUGUAGCCAGUGCUAGUUCCUUUGAGGGCGUUUCUCUACCUACUCCAUCGGAUGAGGCGGAUACGUUCUCUUUUGGACGCAAUAGAACGUUGUCGAUGACGGGAAGUGAAAGUUCAAAUACGGGAUUGGGACUUGGUGUAGGUGUAGGUGUGGAAGAAAGUGGAUUGAAGAGAUCUGCGAGUACAAGUGGUAAUGAGAUGAGUCAACAGCAGGAGGGACAGGCGGAAGGACAACCGAAAAAGAAGAGGAGAAUAGCGCUGACUCAUUUGGGAGAUGAUGUUGGGCAGUAG